AUGUCCGCGACAAAAGCGCCGCACGUCGUCAUGCUGACAAGCCCCGGGAUUGGGCACGUCCUCCCUAUGGCCGAGCUCGCGAAGCGCCUCGCCGAGGACCACGGCUUCACCGCCACGAUCAUCACAUACUCCGGCAUGUCCUCGCCCAGGCACGCCUCGGUGUUCGCCUCCCUACCGGCAUGCGUCACCACGGCCGCGCUCCCCGCCGUGCCACUAGACGACCUCCCCGCCGACGCCCGCAUCGAGACCCGCAUGCUCACCGUCGUCACCCGGGUCCUGCCGCACCUCCGCGCGCUCCUCGCCGAGCUCGUCAGCGCCCACGACGUCGUGGCGUUCCUGGCCGACAUGUUCUGCGCGCAGGCGCUCCCGCUCGCCGCGGAGCAAGGCGUGCCGCCCUACAUCGCCUUCCUGUCCGGCCUCGCGACGCUCGCCUUCAUGCUCCGCCUGCCGGAGCUCCACAGCACUACCACCUGCGCGUACCGCGACCUCCCGGAGCCCGUUCGGCUGCCUGGCUGCGUGCCGCUGCGAGGCGAUGACCUCCUCGACACCGUAAAGGACCGCUCCAACCCCGCGUACGCCCUGCUGGUCGAGAUGACGCGGCACCUAAUCCUCGCCGACGGCUUCGUCGUCAACACCUUCGACGGGAUGGAGCACGACACCAUAACCGCGUUCCAGGAGUUGUCCGACGAAGGUGUGUAUCCUCCUGUCUACCCAGUCGGCCCGUUUCUCCGGGCGUGCUCCGAGGACGCGGAAGCCGUGCACGGCUGCCUGCGGUGGCUAGACGACCAGCCGGACGGCUCGGUCCUGUACGUCUGCUUCGGCAGCGGCGGCGCGCUGUCUGUAGAGCAAACCGCCGAGCUCGCCGCAGGGCUGGAGGCGUGCGGGCAGAGGUUCCUGUGGGUGGUGAACUUCCCCAGCGACAACGACAGCAGCGCGAGCUACUUCGGCGCGGCGAGCCAUGGAGGCGGCGACGACGACCCGCUGAGGUUCCUUCCGGAGGGGUUCAGCGAGAGGACCAAGGGCGUCGGGCUCUGCGUGCCGAUGUGGGCGCCGCAGGUGGAGAUCCUGCACCACCGCGUCGUUGGAGGGUUCCUGUCGCACUGCGGCUGGAACUCGACCCUGGAGGCCAUGGACGCGGGCGUGCCGAUGGUGGCGUGGCCGCUGUUUGCGGAGCAGAGGAUGAACGCGGUGCUGCUGGAGAAGGCCGGGCUGGCGCUGCGCCCAGCGAGUCCGAGGGGCGAGGUGGUGUCGCGCGAGGAGGUGGCGGCAGUCGCGAGGGAGCUGAUGGUGGGGGAGAAGGGGAAGGCCGCGAGGAAGAAAGCGACAGACAUGCAGAUGGCGGCCGCUGAAGCGCUGGCGCCGGAGGGACCGUCACGCAAGGCGCUCGCGGCGAUCGUGAACAAGUGGAAGUGGGGCGCUCACGGUGGCAUAGCAAACGGAACGACUGCACUCUGA